AUGGAGACUCCUCAAGGGAGUCCGCAGUUUCUCCCGGAGGCCUCGGACCAGGAGACCGGUCUCAUCAUCAAGCCGGCGCAGCCACAGCGGGGCCACUGGAAGAAGGUGGCGGCCUUGAUCGUCCUAGGCAUCGCGGCCGCCGCUGUCGCCACGGCCACCCUGCGCCCAAAGCUUGUGGAGACGGCACCUGGCACAGAUCUUGUCCAGGAGAACGAGGAAGGGGGGACACCACCUACGAAAGGCGAGGCCCCAGCCGGAGGUGAAGCCGCGGGAGAAGUUGCGGGUGUUGUAGUUGAGGGUGGUGCGGAGAUCGCCAAGCAGAUAGCAUCCGGAGAUGUGGAUGCGAAGCAUCUUGGUAAAACUGCCAGCGACACCCUGUCUGCGGCCGGGGCGACCUGUGUGUCCGUGGCUGCGCCGAUCGCAUUAGCCGCCUCGGCCGGAACGGCGGCGCCGGCAGCGGUGGCGGCCUGCGGGGCCAUCAGCAUCGGUGGCGCCGUGGCCUCUGGCCUCCUCUCCAGAGGAGAGGAGGAAGGGCCGACGGUGGAGGACAUCCAGAAGCAGGUCAAAGCUGGAUUCGGAAAGAUGAGCAGUCACUUCCACCAUAUGGAGGCGGCCAUGGCAACCGCCUUCAGUGGCAUAAAAGGCGAGUUGGAUGGCAUUCAAACUCAACUGAGUCAUGUUCAAAGCCAACUGAAUCACGUACAAAGUCAGUUGAGUCACGAGAAGCUGAUCGACCGCAUGAAGACGACGGAUGACCUAUGUGACCGCAUCGACGGCCAGUACGAGUUCUACAUCCGGGGAGGUGCGCUGGCCAGUGGCGAGAGUCCAAACCACAACGAUCUCGAGUAUUGGGAAACAGAGCUUGAUGCAGAUGACUUUCGGCAGUUCAUAGAGGAUGCCAUGCAGCUUCCCUGCCCCAUUCCGGCGCUCACAAACCCUACAUGGCGCUGUGCAACACAGGUCUACGUGCCACGCUUUCUGGAAGCCAGGUCCAAGCUGCUUGCCUUGCGCAUGGCGCUGGACGCGAAAAGAAAUCGGGGUCAAAACAUACAGAUGAUCGCACAGAUGGCCAAACAGCAUAUGGACAAGUACGCGACAGUGGUACGCUCUAUGUGCUUGGGUCCGCUUCAAGCCUCCACUCUUGCAGAUAGCUGCUUCGACAAGAAGCUCAAGUACCGAAGCUGGCACGCGCCGCAUGAGUAUGACGAGAUGGACGAUGUGUCGUUUCGGGAUUUGCCCCGCGAGUUAACUAUCCUCGACUUGCGCAGCAACGAGCACGUUACGGGAGACUUGAAGGAUUUGCCUCGGCAACUGACCUACGUGGACUGCCAUUGGGAUGGUCACGAUGCCAUCACGGGGGAGCUGAAGGACCUCCCUGAGCAGCUGACUCAUGUGGAUCUCAGUAGCCAGAAGAUCACCGGGGAGCUGAAGGACUUGCCGCGGACGCUGACGUCCGGUUUCAUUGGAGAUCUGGUUAAUUGCGGGACCUCGGGUACGGGUAGGACGUGCCAAGAGCUUCGACAGCAGAAGCCAACGCAGAAGCCCAACCAGAACUGGUGGAGUUGA